AUCGUUAUAUCAAAGAUUUUUUAAUUUUUAAUUUGAGCAUGUAAAGGAAACAAAAACCCAUAUUUACUGAAAAGCAAAAUUUGAAAGCCUCUUGAGCCCCCUUGAUCCCAGUAACUGUCCCAAAAUGAAUCGCAAUAUCAAAAUGUGUAAUAGGGAUUGCUGCGCGCUCAAGACGGCUCUGACGAUACGUCGAAUGAAGCUGCUGAUUGAGAAGCGGCUGCAGGAGGAAGCCAAUGCGAAGCCCAAGGACAUCAUUGAGACGCCACAGGGAGAGCUCUACAGCUUCGACGAUGUGCAAAAGAUGGCGAAUUUCAUCAUCAAUAGAACGGAGAAGAAACCAAAGUUCGGCUUGAUCCUCAGCUCGCAUGUGAACAUGCUGGCCGACUUGGUCGAGAGUCCGGUGGUAAUUCAGUAUACGGACAUACCGAAGUUCCCGGUCAGCCCACUGCACGGGAACAACUCCAAGCUGUUCGUGGGCCAGAUCAUGGGCGGCACAGUGAUCGCUGUCCAGGGACGAAUGCACGUAUACGAAGGCAACCCGGUGGGCAGCUGUACGUUACCUGUGCGCAUGUUCAAGCUGUGUGGCGUCGAGUACCUGAUUCUCAUCUGCUCUGCGGGGGCGAUCAGUGCGGAGCACAAUGUGGGCGACGUUGUGGCCAUCAAGGACCACAUCAACGUUUUGGGCUGGUGUGGCAACUCCCCGUUGAUUGGCCUCAACGAUGCGCGCUUUGGCCAGCGCCGCCCCUCGAUGAUCGAUGCCUACGACGAGAUGCUGCUCGCCAAGGCAACGGAAAUCAGUCGGGAAAUCGGGCAGGAUAACCGGAUAAAGACAGGCGUCUAUGUCUGCAUGGGUGGCCCCAGCUACGAAACGGCGGCCGAGCAGCGCUUCUUGCGCAAGAUUGGAGCCGAUGUCAUCGGCAUAUCCAUGGUGCCAGAGGUAAUCAUCGCCAGACACUGCGGCUUGAAAGUAUUGGGCCUGACUCUAGUCACGCUUCCUCCCAAUGAUGUCGCCGUUCCCGCACAAAAUGAAUAUUCGACGCUACUAAUGCAAGGGAAGAAAGCCUGCAUUGAACUCGUUUCGCGUAUCAUUUAUAAAAUACAAAAUAAUUUGUAAAUGAAAUACAGUAUAAAUGAAAAGCUACAAAAUAAUUACUUGAGCAUUAGCAGUCA